AUGUUAUUCCUCCUAGCUUUACUCGCAUUUGCCGAGGCCCUUAUGCACAUUCGUGAUCCGAGCACCUGGCCACAUGUCAAAAGAUCUAAAGGACUUUAUCGUACGCGGAAAUCUUCCUACAAAUGGUCUGAAGAAUGGCUGGAAAAUGUGCCAGUAGAUCAUUUCUCAUUCGGUAAUAAAGACGAAUUCAAACUGAGGUAAAG